AUGGACGAUAAGGAUGCUGGCCGUGCCUCCUGUCUGUCCCACCAACCAUCCCAUCUCGGCAUUUCAUUACACUUCAUUGCUCAGCCUGUGAUUAAGCCUCCUGCGGGGUUCCCGAGGCGUCGACCAUCGUCGAUGAAGGAUAAUGGAGUGUCUGGCCUGACCCAAACGAUCCGUGCCAUAAAACCGGGACAAGGCACUCCCUCGUAUUCCCCCCGUAUUGCUCUUCAAAAAGGCAAUGGCGACGGCUUGCCCUCGCCGAUAUUCUCGAGUCUGACCGGUAUCUGGAGUCUGUUGGCUCUGCGCAGUGACAUCGACGAUAUCAUCCUUGAGCUUCUGGGUCGCUUCAGCCUCGAGAAGGUCUACGCAGACGCAGACAAAGAGUCGUAUGCGGACUUAAUUUUGACCUUAUUGGUUCAGCUCCGAGUGAUAUUCUUCAUCCAGCGCCUCACACUCCCCCCGGGUGGCACCAUCCCCGUGGAUUGGUCACUCGGCUUUCUGGUCAGCUGGGAGGUGACGGUGCGGACGGUCGAAUUCAUCCUCCAGAUCGUCUUGGAAGCGCGUGAAGUGCUUUGGGACUCUCCAUUGCGCGACGAAUAUCUCUCGCGGCUGGUGCUAUCGACCGUGCAGAUUCUUCUGCUGCACCCGAAGACCCCGCCCAACUCUCGGCUCAGAGAUCGUCGAGACCGAUUCGCGCGGGUCCACAGGGCUCUGGAAAGAGUGUGCGACAAUUAUCCCGAUACCAGUUCAUCUUUUCUCGCAGUCUGUCGGGCAAUCGCAGACGCUCUUCGCGCCGAACCGAAUGCUCUGUCGCUUCCCCCGCGGCUGAAGCAGGAAUUGCCAUCCUUGACAGGAGAUCUAUAUCCUCUGCCCGACUGCCUCUCCUCGUCCUCCGUCGCGACCUUCGUCCCCCAGCAUGGUUCUUCGCAGAGCUGGUUGUCGCAGCUUCUAGGCCUGUACGACGUGGCGCAAUAUGUUGUCGGCGCGAAUGUUCAGUUCGCAGUGAAUACCAGAAAGGUCUGUGAUCCGAAGCUGGAACGGGCAUCGAAGAGCAGUCGCGAUGCCGUGCUGCAUGCUCUCAAUCGCAUCCGGCUGCCCCCCUACGUCUCUGCGGGGCAUCUCAUCCCGAUGAUCAGCAAAGAUUUCCGAGUCAUCCUGCCUGAUACCCCUAGCCUUGGGCAGCACCGGCGCGACGGAAACACGGUUGAUGCGCUGGAGGCGUUGCGAGAGCGACUGGGCCAUCGACUGAUGGUUCACCGCGUCAGCGAUGGAGCCAUGAUGCACAGUGUAUCCCAGAUAACUAGGUAUAUCGAGCUCUUGGACAACCCUGGCGACCAGUUGAGAUCAGCCAGCCCGGCAUUGUACGUCGUUAAUUGCCAAGAGUGCCAUUUCCUAGGGUCGUCACUGGUCCGACAGAUUGCAACCCUGACUCACCUUGAUGAUGCCGGCGGCGCGUCAGGAGUUGCCCUACCUACUGAGUCCAGGUGCGCGUUCUGUGGCUCGGCAGUCACUAUGGUACGUGAAGUAUCGCUAGCGAGGUACACUUGGGAGCAUCUCAAGCCGCUGAGCCCAAACGUCGAGGCUAUCAAUGCGGAAAGACAUCUCCCCUCGCAGUUUCUAUUGGCGCCAUCGCGGUUCGACCCGCUUCGCCGCGAUUCCGGAAUGGCAUCAGGCCCGUCAUCAGGUCCGUCAUCCCCGCCCCCUUUUGGCUUGUCUGCCUUUCCUCAGGGGCGAACAAACGCGCCGCGCGCGGAACCUUGGGUCGAUGGUCCACCCGUGCUGGGUAACCAAAGGACGAGCGAAACCCCUCCUCCCAGAACCCUCCGGCCGGCGGCUGGGGAACCUCCAUUCUCUGCCGAUUCCGUGGGAGGCUUUGAGCCCCUCAGCAAAACGACCACAUUCACUCACACCAGCUCAUCAUCGAGUGCGGGCAUCCGAGCCCUCUCGCCCCCUACUACGUCAGAUAAGUCACGGUCCAAGUGGAAAUCGAGAUUCGCCUCCUCGAAAAAGGAAACUAGGGACCUUGCAGACACCAGCUCCCUGUCUUCAGCAACUCUGGAGACUCAGAAGCUGGAAGAGAUCGACCUGAAAAACCUCUGCCGGCGGGGAAAACAUUCAGCUGGGGGAAAGUUUGCCCAGAAUAUCAAAGUAAAUCUAUCACAAGACUCGACAUACUCCCUGUUCUGGUCGCAGUCCUCGAUUCAGAUCUGGGAUGUCAGUACUUGUCCCCCUACCUUCAAGGACGCCAUCACCCCGGAUGGAUUCUUCAUCCUUGCGGCUGUGACAGGAACCCACGUGGCCUAUAUGACAGGAGACCGAGAUCGAAAGCAGACGCUGUGGAUCCAAAGUCUCGAGCGGAUGACCACACGUCCGGUGGAGUAUCGUGUAGGGCCCACGCCCUGGUGCACCAGCAUGACCGUCUCCCCCAGCGGAAGCUUCGUCGCUGUCGGAUUCGACAAAUCGACCGUCGGCCUGUUCGCCCCUUCAGAAUGGCAGCAACCGCGGCUCUAUCGCGUGCACGCUCGCUAUCACCAGGACUGUAAGGAUUGUCCUCCAAUUGCCACCGUCUCCUUCUCCCAUGAUGGGCUCGCUCUGGUGUGCAGCACCCGAAGCGAGCGAAACGGAAUGAUCCAAGUGUUCUUGUCUCAUUUCCCCUUCUCCGAAUUCCAGGAGGUUUUACCCUGCCGGUACCGCGUUCCUCCCCCUGAGUCAGAAGAUAACGGGAUUUCAUCUGUGCUUUUUCAGCCGGGGAUAGGCGGUAAGGAGGACAUCAUCUGCAUCACAACAUGGACGCAAUCCGGCGUUCCCAUUCUGGUCCAUCCUAACGGCGGCCACCGCACGGAGAUCCGUGUACAGAGUUCUGCCUCGUCCAACCACAAGGGAAAACUCGGCAAUCGCAUCCAGGCUGCUGCCUUUUCGCCAUCGGGACAUGAGCUCGUCCUGGCUAACGAUAAGGGCUACGUAUAUCGAGUAUCCAACUUGAGUUCUAUCCCGAUUGAGGUCCGAAGGGUUGCUACGUCCAAGGAGUUUACGACCAAGACUGAAUCCUUUGCAUUGGCAUACGUGCAUCAGACGGAUGAAGACCUGAUUCUGGUCUCUUGGUCCGAUUCAUCCAAAGGAGUCGGUUAUGUGAGGAAAAUCCCGAUCAUGACCACAGGGGAGGUCCAGCACCUUCAAGAAUCAAACAUCGUCAAUGCCACUGUUCAUCCGAGCCAACCAGAACUUCCCGAAUUUCAGCCACCAGAGGAGAAGGUUCCUGAGAAACGCCAGAUCUUAGUCAAGCCUCCGGUAGAGCUCGAGGCUUCGGAGAUGAGCCCUCCGCCCAUCCAACGACCUUCGAGAAUGGGUCUUUUCGGAUCGUUGCACGGUAAGAAAUAG